AUUACUUUCAUUUAUUUUAUGACAAUGAAACUAUUGUGUGCAAUUUACCAUUAGAUCUAACUCAACAAAUUGUUUGGCGCAGCAUAUCCUCCUUUGGAUCUUGUGCCAUAAAACUUCUACAUUCAAUCCCAAGACUCUUUUCGCUCAAAACAGCAAGUUGAGCAUCACAUAAGAACGUCGCCAUUGGAAGCUAUGAAAAUAGACAUGGUGAAGCAAUUCCCUCAAGAAUACAUGCAUCUCGUUUGUUUAGGCGUGAUGAGGAAACUGCUUUUCAUAUGGAGUGGAAAGAAACGAGGGCGAAUAGGGAGAUUAUCCCCAUCCCAAAUAAAUGAGCUGAAUUUCGGUUUAAAGCACUCAGAGAAGUUUUGGCCAUCUGAUUUUGUAAGAAAGCCAAGGUCCACAAAAGAGCUGGACCACUGGAAAGCGACCGAAUUUAGGCAAUUUCUAUUAUAUUUAGGUCCUUUGCUCUUACGAGAUGUACUAACUAAUAAAAUGUACGACCAUUUUAUGAUGUUUUCAUGUGCAAUAACCUUUUUGGUAUCGCACGAAUACUGUAUGAAAUAUAAUAAAGUUGCUCAAAAGAUGCUGAAAAGUUUUGUAAGGGAAUCAGAGGAAUUAUAUGGGGAGAAUUUUAUUUCCUAUAAUGUUCAUUCUCUGAUUCACUUACCAGAUGACGUUUUAAAUUUCGGGGCCUUAGAUCAAUUUAGCAGCUUUCCUUUCGAAAACCAUCUUCAAAUAUUAAAAAAAAAAACUUACAAAAUCCAAUCAACCCUUGCAACAGAUUGUAAAAAGGCUUUUGGAGAAGCCUGAAAGCAAAAAUGCAAUGACUCACCCAGAAGAGUGGCUUCCAGUUUCAGUAAGAGAGCACAAGGAAGAAAAAGUUAAAAAGGAAGGAUUGAAAGGCGUUUCUUAUUGUAAAGUAAAAAAUGCAAAAUUUUCUAUCGAAUCAGGCAAUAAAGAUUC